AUGAGUUGUCAGAUUAUAUAUAUUGAACGAAUUUCAGAAAAAAUUGUAUGUUAUGUGGGGACAUGGGCGGUGUACAGACAAGGACUUGGUCGUUUUGAUAUCGAGAACAUCAAUCCAUUUUUAUGUACCCAUCUGAUUUAUGCAUUUGUUGGAAUUAACGAAGAUGGUACAAUACGAAACAUUGAUCCGUAUUUGGAUUUAGAGGAAAACUGGGGCCGCGGUCACAUUAAACGGUUCAACGCACUCAAAGCAAUUAAUCCCGCAUUGAAAACAAUGGCUGCUGUUGGAGGUUGGAACGAAGGAUCACGGAAAUUCUCGAUUGUAGCAGCGAAUCAUACACUACGUCAAAGAUUUAUUCGGGAUGCAAUCGACUUUAGCAAACGACAUAAUUUCGAUGGUGUUGAUCUAGAUUGGGAAUAUCCUGCACAGCGUAAUGGAAAUCCAGCUAUUGACAAAAAUAACUAUGCCAUUUGGCUCGAGGAAAUUCGGUCGGCUUUUGAUCGCGAAGGUUUAAUCUUGAGUGCAGCUGUUGCAUCCGUUAAACAUUCUGCCGAAAAGUCCUACGACAUCGAACGAGUUUCAGCAGCUUUACACUUUCUAAAUAUAAUGACCUACGAUAUGCAUGGUGCUUGGGAUAACUAUUGCGGUUUGAAUUCACCUCUGUAUCGAGGAUCAGCAGAUAAUAUUGACGUACAAAUGCAAUUGAAUAUAAACGCUAGCAUACACUACUGGCUUUCACAGGGAGUUCCGAAAGAGAAAGUUAUAUUGGGUAUACCACUAUAUGGCAGAUCUUUUACGCUUCUCGAUCCUUCCUGUAACCAUAUCGGAGCUGCUGUAAGCGGGCCUGGUAUUGCUGGUCAAUAUUCCCGAGAACCUGGAGUUAUUGGUUUUAACGAAUUCUGUGAGAAGCAAAAGUCAGAGCAAUGGGACAUUGAUUUCAACGAAGAACAAAAAGGCGUUUAUGCUACAAAGGAAAAUCAAUGGAUUGGAUAUGACAAUCAGAAUACUAUCGCAAUCAAGAUGGAAUAUCUCUUAGAAUUGGACCUUGGUGGUGUAAUGGUAUGGUCUUUGGAAAAUGACGACUUCCUGGGUGUGUGCUUCGAUACAGCAAAUAUAUUGAUGCGCAUCAUAUACAGUGCUUUAUAUAAUAGUACCGAUAUACCUACCGUUGUUCCUACAUCAGCUACGACAGCAGGGGUACCGAAUGAAUGUACAGCAGAGGGCUUUUUCCCGAAUCCUGACACAUGUGAAGAGUAUUAUGUUUGCACUUCCGAUGGUCGUCGGGUGGACUUUUCCUGUCCCGAUGGAUUGUGGUUCGAUCCUUUGUAUGAGAUCUGUAACUGGCCUGAACAAGUCAACUGCCAUCUUUUCACUGUUGUUUGAAUAUACGCGAAAA